AUGGCAACUGUUGCUAGCGGACAUCAGUACCCCGGAUUUCAUAGCAUUGAGGCGAUUCUAGGACCGCAGGGCCACCAGUUAGUCCCAGUUGUUCCUGAAAUGUUUUCGAUCGAGCAGGGUCGGCGAUUCCCCGGGUUGCAGGGGAGCGGGCCGCGCGUAACGGACGGCCAGGUGGAGGAGAAGGAUGUCAGGCAAUUUGCCGGCGGACACUGCGGUUCAAAAGACAGAGACUGUCUACAUGGUACCAGCAAACAUGGGAAAGAGUAUGAUCUAAAUGGCUCCCCUGUAAAGGACGCGGGCCAGCGGAAGAAAGACAAAGGCAUGUCUGAGCUUUGUGAUCCGGAAGCACGCAAGAAGACACGACGUAACCGGACUACUUUCACGACGUACCAACUGCACGAACUGGAGCGCGCGUUCGAGAAGUCGCACUACCCGGAUGUGUACAGCCGGGAGGAGCUUGCGCUCAAGAUAAAUCUCCCUGAAGUCCGUGUACAGGUUUGGUUUCAAAACCGGCGGGCAAAGUGGCGACGACAAGAGAAGCUCGAGAGUGCUGGAUUCAAACUAUCCGAUAGCUUCCCCCUCUCUUCCAUCGCCUCCAUUUCCGGAAGAGGAAGCGGCAGCGCACUUCCACUCGACCCUUGGAUGACUUCACAGCUAGCGCCCAGCACUAUGAGUCCUACGUCGCAUAUUCCUAUGACGUCGUCACCGUCUCCACCAAACCCUGUACCUUAUGCACAAUUCCUCUCGUCUGCGCAGGCGUUCACAGGCUCACACUCGUCUGCAAAUUUUACAAGCGCCAUUCAUAACUUAUUUGGUGGCCUCUCUAGAAUUGAAGAUGGUGACAACAGGAACACAAGUAUUGCAUCAUUACGCAUGCGCGCAAGAGAACAUAUGGAUCAUUUAGGGAGAAAAUACAUAAUUUGA